UACUAACACACACACACACACACACACACACACGCACGCACGCGCGCGCGUCACGACAGCACACAUUUUCCCUGUCUCCUUGUUUACUGCUCGGCUCCAUCUCAACUCUUGUUCUCUCCGUCUCUCUCUCUCUCAGCAGGAGGGCCGAGGACGAGGAGGAGCACACUGUUGAGUAGUUACCCAGUUGUCAUGACGACCUCACACCCCACCAUCUCUAGAGCUGUCCUCCUGUUGCCACGGUGAACUGAUCCUGUUCCAACUCCGCUCCUCUCGAUGAUCCGGAUUGGGCUGAUAAAGGAGAGCGAGUCGCUCCGUCCGCUUUCCCCGAAAAAACGCUCGUGGAUGGGAUAGCGGAUCACACGCAGAGAUCGGACAGGACAGCACGGCAUGCUGGGAAUGCUGCCGGAGUAACAGCGUUGCCUGGAAACAGCAGCAUGCCAAUACAACAGAUAACUGUGGUUCCGGCCAAGGAGACAGCCAGCAACGGCAAGAGUGCUACUCGCUCCAAAGACAAGACUGAGCGGAGGAAGGCCCCCGGGCGCUCAGGGAGUCGAUCCAGCAACAUUUCCAAGGCCAGCAACUCUACAACAGGAAUAACCACAGCCUCAAGAACAUCGAUCACCCCGUCUUCUCAGGACAUAUGCAGUUCGAGCCAGCUGACCCCUUUAGAGGAGGAGGUUUCUGAAUCACACGAAAACAUCAAGCACACAAUCACCUCUGAGAUGACCGUCACCAGCGCAGCUCUGGGCCUGUCAGCUCAGGCGCAGAAGAAGCAGGUGAAGCGCCACCACCGCCGCAAGAGGAACAGCUGCACCGCCAGCGACUGCGUGGAAACCAGCGGCAGACAGGAGCAGAGCGACCGCAGCCUCAGCUCGGACCGCAGCGAGCUCGGGGAGAAGAGGGAGCGGUCCGCCAAGAACCGGAGAGAGCUCCCACCGCACCUCCGCUGCUCGGGGGCCCCGCACUCAGACUCAACCUCUGACGAUGAGGCGUUGCGCGAGGCCCGCAGCUGGAGCAAAGAGAAAGCCCGAAGAGUCUGCCACCGCAGCGGCACCAGCCGAGAAAGGGAUGGAGCGAAUGGGAGUAAAGGAGGGGAAGACAAGGUCAUGGAGCUGCAGUCGGUGGGCUCAGAUGAAGGGAAGGAGAACCAUCCUCUGGUGGAGGACAGCGGAGGCCUCAAGAAGCGCCACAGCAGCACGGCCUCGCUUAAGAGGGACGGCCACGGUUCACAGCAGGAAGGCUCACUCAGCAGAGACAAGGAGAAGUGUCACAAGUCAGGAGACAGCUCCUCAUUGGCAGAGGACGGCGAGGAGCUCAUCACCAAGAACUACCAGGAAAAGGGGUCAGGGGGUGGGGACAUGUCAGUGCCCAUACCACAGACACACUGUGGUAUGAAUGGAGGCACAGUAAGGCAGUACUCUGAUGACUCUGAUAUGGAGGUCUGCAGGAUCUGCCACUGUGAGGGGGACGACGAGUGCCCGUUGAUAAUGCCAUGUCGCUGCACUGGGAGCCUGAUUUUUGUCCACCAGACCUGUCUCAACCAGUGGAUCAAAUCCUCAGACACUCGCUGCUGCGAACUCUGCAAGUUUGACUUUGUCAUGGAGACGAGGCUCAAACCUUUAUGCAAGUGGGAGAGGCUAAACAUGACGAAGGGCGAGAGGAGGAAGAUCUUCUGUUCGGUGUUGUUUCACCUGUUGGCAGUGGUGUGUAUGUUGUGGUCAGUCUACAUUCUGGUCAAGAGAACCGCGGAAGAGAUCAGAAUUGGGAAGAGCGACGAAUUAUGGAGAGGUACUCUUCUGAAAUACUAUACACCAAAUGGUAAGCACAGCUCUGCACAUACCACCAUCAUGAUCCAUGACGCGUCCUGCAGGAUGACUUACAAUGUGUGCGUGUCCUCAGGUGUGCUCGAGUGGCCCUUCUGGACCAAGCUGAUUGUGGUGGCCAUAGGCUUCACGGGCGGCCUCAUCUUCAUGUACAUCCAGUGUAAAAUCUACCUGCAGCUGUGGCGCCGCCUCAAGGCCUUCAACCGCAUCAUCACUGUGCAGAACUGCCCCGAGAAAGAGCUGCACAACCCUCAGGCCCGAACCAGCACCCUGACCAACGGCAGGCACGAAACUGUGGAGGUUCCAGUCGGUCCGGCUCCCAUCCCGGCUCCAGAGGCACAGAUGGACUCGGACAUGUCGCUGGAGGCUGCGGUGGCGCCGGCUCAAAACCCCGUCUGAGCGAUUCUCCUCCCACUCAGAAAGAAUCGUGAAUCACACCCUGCUCAUACAACAACACAGGCUGGUGUGAGCAGCGUGUCGUUUAGACUCGUACAAUAUUUUAGCGUUGUUCAUCCCAGCACCUGUGAUUACUGAUCUUGAGACACAAGAGAUGGAUUUUAUGUCCUUCAGUGAUCACGGAAAACUAAAAGAAGAAGAGCUGCAGUGACGUGAAUGUGCAAAGUAACUAAGAAUGUGGCAGGCCGGAGAAAAGAGGAGUCAAAUAAAUCCGUCAGCAAGAGAAGUUUGUAAAGACUGUAGUUAUGUAAUAUAUUGAGUUUUAUUCCUAUAUGCACUUUCUCAAACUGCACUGACAUGAGUUAAAGUUGUGAACACCCUGAAGAUGCUUUUCAAGGUCUCAGUAUGCUUCAAACUUGGGAUGUUAACAAUUAACUGUUUAUCUAAUGCCAUCAGUUAAACAGUUCAAAUACAUUUCGAAAAAAAGGCCUGAGUAACUCAAGAGGAGCUGCUUGUCACUUAAAGGCUGUUCACACGCCAGGCUAAUGACGCGUUAAGAUAUCGUGCUAAAACGUACACGUGGUUCUAUUUUUACUACAUUUGGUGUCUGAUAGCUAAAGAUUGUUGGACAUACCCGGGUAUUUUACUUCCUGUCGGACAGUAAAAUUAGCACGAUUGCCGGGGAAGGUUUUUUAGAGUUUGGCAGUCCCUCCCCUUCCGCACCGUAGCAAAGAUUGCAACUACAUUUUGCUAUAUUCGUCAGUGUGAAGGCACUUAUGCACUAAAAAUAGCAGGCGUGAGUACAGAAGAACGCGAGUUGAGAACACAGCACUGUUGUCAUACACGUGGCAGUCAUUACAAAGGAAAUAACCGCGCAGUUUGGGACGCUCUCCGUCAGCAGACAUUUAUUUUCACAACUGUGCACACGUGGCCCACCAUUCUGUAAAGUGGGCAAACACGUGGAAGACGGUUUCAGACGCUGUUUGGACAAACGAGCGCUUUGUUUGAAGCAUACCGAGGCCUGAACUAUCAGGUCUUCAGACACCAAAGAGUAAACACAUAAGUAGAGAAACCUUUAUUUAGCUCAGUCUGAAAAAUGUAAUGUUUGAAAAAGAUGAAUUUAUUUAUUAUCGUAGGAGAGUUGACUAUUUCUUAAAAUAGCAAAUCUAAAGUAUCCCAGUUAUUUAUGACAUUGUUUUGACAGUUUGCAGCUUCAUGAGGUUGUGUUAUUUACACAUUAAUGUAACUUCAUUCAUGGUUGCCUUCCAUAAAUGGCUUUACAUCAGACUUGACACACUGUGUGCGUGACUGACCAGUCUGUCUAAAAAAGGCGACUGUUGUGUACACUUAUUUACUUUUCUACAGGUUUAAUUUGGUGUUUUAUCAGUGUCGCUGUCACGUCACAGAAAAUCUCUCGUGUCUUUUAGCCCCCACGACAUUGGAGCACUCAACAGCUUUGUCAAAACCUUUUUUUUUUUCUAUCUCCGAUUGGAUAAAAUGGAGUGUUUAGGUUACAUACAAUUCAUAUUUGUUUGUGCAAUAAACAAUGAAUGUAGAACCCUUCACAGGCUGGUGUGAAGUUACUGAGCAACAAGAAGAAUUUAAAAAGAUGAUACAACUUUAGUUUGACAUCUUUGAGAGUUCAGCACCAUCUUCUGGACAAGCAUGGAGCAGCAGCACAAAAACACACUUUAUAGAAAAAGUAUUUUCUGAGGUCCGUCUGAUGUUCAGCUCCAUGGUCAGUUGGGCUGAAUGAACAAAUGGAGCUUUGAGCUACAGUCCAACAGGAAGAGGCUCAGUUUAAGUCCGACAUCAACUCCAGCUGCUCAUCAUCCAAAUCAUCUUCAUCGUCCUCAUUAUCAUCUUCUGCGUCAUCACGUUUAUCCUCUUCUUCAUUCUUCGUUUCCAAAUCUUUGUUCGACACCUUCCGCAGUUUCAAAUUUGGAAGUUUCUUCAGAUCGCCAGUCCACUCCCUGCCGAAAUAACGGAUGAACAAAUGACAAACGUUACCAGAAAGGACGUUUAUGAAUCAUCACGUCAUGUGCAAAUCAUAUACUUAAUAUCCCAAUUUUAUUUGAAAUCAUUUAAUAAAUAGUUUUGACGUGUUGAUAUAUAUAUAUUUUU